CGGUCGUCAUAUCGGACGAGUUUAGUAUAAAGCGGCGCUGUUUCUACGUUCCAAGUUUCCCGUAAAUAUAUGGGCGAUGGUCAAUUGUCAUUUUAUGUAAUAUCGAGGGAACUAAAAAGUCUGGAUACUCAUUAAUCUCUUUGAUAAAAUUUCAAAUUUCAUCUGCAAACAAUAAGAAAAUGCCAAAGAUAGUGGUACUAGGGGCGGGUGUUUCGGGCCUUACUGCUGCCCUUCUGCUUUCACGGAACAAGGACAAUGAUAUCACGGUAAUUGCAAAGCAUAUGCCUGGCGACUAUGAUAUCGAAUAUGCCUCACCAUGGGCAGGAGCCAAUGUCUUGCCAAUGAACACCGUGGAAGACAGCCGCUGGGAACGGCGGACGUUUCCAGAGUUGAAGCGACUGGCUGAAGAGGUUCCCGAGGCCGGGAUACACCUACUGAAGGUACGCUUGUUCCGACGCACACCUGCCUCGGAAGACAACGAAACCCAGACCGCGCUGGACCCCAUAUUCGCCAAGGACCCAUGGUACAGCGAAAUGUUUGACGACUUCCGAACCCUGAGCAAGGACGAGCUUCCUGACGGCGUGGUGUCCGCCAACGAGUUCGGCUCCGUGUGCAUCAACACGAUGCUGUACCUACCGUGGCUCGUAGGUCAGUGCCGGGCCAACGGCGUCGUCUUCAAUCGCGCCAACCUCACCCACAUCGCCGAGGCGGCAGCGCGUCACCACAGCGGCGCCAAGGCAGACCUGGUCGUCAACGCGACGGGCGUCACGGCGUGCAAGCUGGGCGGCGUCAUGGACGCGGCGGUGCAGCCCGCCAGGGGCCAGGUAGUCGUCGUGCGCAACGAGCUCCCGCUCAUGCUGGGCGCGACCCUGGCUGCCGAAGACGACGCAGAGCACCCGGAUGAGAUGGUGUAUUGCAUGACGCGAGCUGCGGGUGGAGGGACUGUCAUUGGCGGGUGCUACCAAAAGGGCAAUUGGGAUCCAAACCCGGAUCCGAACCUGGCUGUGCGGAUCAUGUCCCGCAUGGUCGAAUUCUGGCCAGAGAUUGCGGACGGGAAGGGGGUUGCUGGCUUGGAUGUCAUCCGUCACGGAGUUGGGCUGAGGCCGUACAGGGAGGGAGGUGUCAGGAUAGAGAAGGAGAGGUUGAGUGACGGGACGUGGGUUGUGCACAAUUAUGGACAUGCGGGUUGGGGUUACCAGGGGUCCUAUGGCUGCGCAGAGCGCGUGGUCGAGCUGGUCGACGAGUCUUUUAAGGGAAAACCGAAGCUGUAAUUAGUUGGUUCCUGUCUUGAAGAAGCAAUCGAGGUCUUGUAAAUG